AUGCUUGCGGAUCAUCACAAGGAUCUGCACAACGACAUUGCUGCAAUCAGGGGAGACCUAAAGGGGAUGACAACCCGCUUAAACACAUUGGAACACACAGCCAACAACACCACCCGAGAUAUUGUGGAAAUCAGGCAAACCAGACUCGACAUUCAACGACAACAAAAGCUCCAUGAACACCGCAUGGCGAAGCAAGAGGAUGCCGGACGGCGUGACAACAUAAAAUUAAGGGGGUUCACUGAAACGAUCCCCGGGUCGGACCUAGCCCAGGCUGUUGUUCACCUUCUUGCCACUAUACUACCACCCACGUGA